GAGCUGACCUCUUUGCUCCAAUUACCCGUGCUAGAUUCGAAGAGCUUAACAUGGAUCUUUUCAGGAAGUGUAUGGAGCCUGUUGAGAAGUGUCUCCGUGAUGCUAAGAUGGACAAGAGCUCAGUCCAUGAAGUUGUUCUUGUCGGUGGUUCCACCCGUAUCCCCAAAGUUCAACAGCUUCUCCAAGAUUUCUUCAAUGGUAAAGAGCUCUGCAAGUCUAUCAACCCUGACGAGGCUGUUGCAUACGGUGCAGCCGUCCAGGGAGCUAUUCUAAGCGGUGAAGGAAACGAAAAGGUUCAAGACCUUCUCUUGCUCGAUGUCACUCCUCUCUCCCUCGGUCUUGAAACUGCUGGUGGUGUCAUGACCACUUUGAUCCAGAGAAACACAACCAUCCCGACCAAGAAGGAGCAGGUCUUCUCCACUUACUCAGACAACCAGCCGGGCGUGUUGAUCCAGGUGUUCGAAGGUGAGAGAGCCAGAACCAAGGACAACAACCUUCUCGGUAAAUUCGAGCUCUCGGGAAUCCCUCCGGCUCCACGUGGUGUGCCUCAGAUCACUGUCUGCUUUGACAUUGACGCAAAUGGUAUCCUCAACGUAUCUGCUGAGGACGAGACCACCGGACAGAAGAGCAAGAUCACCAUCACCAACGACAAGGGUCGUCUAUCCAAGGACGAGAUCGAGAAGAUGGUUCAAGAAGCAGAGAAAUACAAGUCUGAGGACGAGGAGCACAAGAAGAAGGUCGAGGCCAAGAACGCUCUUGAGAACUACGCUUACAACUUGAGGAACACCAUCCGUGAUGAGAAGAUCGGUGAGAAACUUCCCGCGGCAGACAAGAAGAAGAUAGAGGACUCGAUUGGCGAAGCAAUCCAAUGGCUCGAGGGUAACCAAUUGGCUGAAGCUGACGAGUUUGAAGACAAGAUGAAGGAGUUGGAGGGGGUUUGUAAUCCGAUCAUCGCUAAGAUGUACCAAGGAGGAGCUGGUGGUGAAGCCGGUGGUCCAGGUCCCCAUGCUAUGGACGAAGAUGCUCCUCCUGCCUCAGGUGGUGCUGGCCCCAAGAUCGAGGAAGUCGACUAAGUUGUUUCUUAGUCAUCGUUUUGUGUUCGUUUUUUUGUGAUUUGUCUUUUUUAUUUGAGCCAAGUAACUCUCUGUUUAUUGUUGUUUGGUGACCCUUUCUCUUUAAAAUGCUUAGUGGUAUAACUGGUUACAUACAUAUCUGUGUCGAAUUCUUCACAGGGCUACCAAUAAAUGGGAUUGAGCAGUAGACAAAACGAUAAAACUA